CCUUUCCUACCUCCAAAGGUUUCUUCUUCAUAUUCACCACACCCAAAACUUUCUCACGAACCUUCAAAUUUUCUCGCUCUUUCUCGCCUUUUCUAGCCGGUUUCUAUACAGAAUCUUACAUAAACAAAACAAUGAUCUUACUUUGAUCGAUCCAUUCGCUCUGCGCGCGGCAAUUAUAUCGCAAUUGGCCUUCAGUUCUUUACAUGAAUAUGAAGAGAAAGUGAGCUGAAUCUCGAGCGAUAUGGAGAUGAAAGACGGUCCAGUGGAGAACGGCAUAUGCUCGUCGGAGUCUAUUCAUGGAGGCACCGAUGUUUGGAGCAGUAAAGAAUCUGCUACUGCUUCGGCGGAUCAUCUUGUUGUCAUGGUUCAUGGAAUCCUCGGAAGUGUCACGGAUUGGAAGUUUGCUGCUGAGCAGUUUGUUAGAAUACUUCCUGAUAAAGUAAUUGUUCAUCGUAGUGAGCGAAAUGCUUCUAUGCUGACUCUAGAUGGGGUGGAUGUUAUGGGUGAGCGGUUGGCAGAGGAGGUCAUUGAAGUGAUUAAGCAGAAGCCAGAAGUACGUAAGAUAUCUUUUGUUUCACAUUCUGUGGGAGGACUAGUAGCAAGGUAUGCUAUUGGAAGACUUUAUAGACCUCCUAGAAGUGAAAAUGAAGAUGAUCCAUCAGAUAAUAUCUGUGAGGAGAAUUCAAGGGGUACAAUAUAUGGAUUGGAGGCUAUGAACUUUAUUACUGUUGCUACACCUCAUCUUGGCUCAAGGGGUAAUAAGCAGGUACCAUUUCUUUUUGGUGUUCCUGUCUUUGAGAAAGCUGCAACUUCUGUUAUUCAUUUGAUAUUCAGAAGAACAGGCCGUCAUCUUUUUCUUACUGAUGACGAUGAAGGCAAUCCUCCAUUGCUUAGACGUAUGAUAGAAGAUUGUGGUGAACUUCAUUUUAUGUCUGCAUUACAUACAUUCACGCGACGUGUGAUAUAUUCCAAUGUUGGAUAUGAUCAUAUUGUGGGAUGGAGAACAUCAUCUAUUAGGCGUAAUAGUGAACUGCCAAAGUGGGAGGAUGUCGUUAACGAGAAAUAUCCACAUAUUGUAUUUGAAGAACACUGCAAGGCUUGUGAUGCUGAACAGUGUGAGCCCAGUUCAAUGGAAGAUGAUGGCCUUGACAAGCUAGAAGAGGAAUUGUUGAUGGGCCUAUCUUGUGUUUCAUGGGAAAAAGUAGAUGUUAGCUUCCAUGCCUGCAGACAGAGGUUUGCAGCUCAUAGUGUCAUUCAGGUCUCUCUCUCUCUCUCUCUCUCUCUCACACACACACACACACACACACACACAUGCCUACACAUAUGCACGUGCAUGCAUCAAUGUUUUUAAGGUUCAGAUGCCACAAAUGAAGGUUUUGAAACUGAUAAUAGUUUUCAUAUAUCAUUCUUGUCUACAAAGAAAAAAAAAAACAUCUUCACCAAUCUCCUGCACAAGGAGGUGAAUUUGUCCAACAUGAGUUGCAGAAUGUGCAUCAUUCUUUUGUUUCUAGAAUGUUCAUCAUUCUUUUGUUUCUAGAAUGUUCUUUCCCCAUACAAUGUGAAUAGUGAUAUUAUGAUUACUUGUCAUGUCCUAGAGUGACCUGUUGGACCAACCUCUAUGGAUAUCAUAAGCUUGUUAAGAGAGGAAAUUUUUUUAAUAAAUCCUUUUAUUUGAUUUCUUUUUCUCUGGAAGUUAUAUCUUCUUAGAUGCAGAAAGAUCUUUCCAACCUUCUACUAAUGAAGUAGCGGAUUUUGUUGGAAUCCUGGUAUAUCCAUGAGUUUGUACACCGUAGACCAGACAUAAAUAGAAGUUUUAUUUUUACCUGAGAUUUUGGGAAAGGAUAAUUUUUUAUUCCCAAAAUUCAUAAGGUAAGUUAUUUAACAGAAGAUAGAAGAGUACAAUUUGCCCAUGAGCCAAAAUGUGAAUCAACAAGGUAUGAUGGUGCUUACUAUGUCAAAAAUCCUACAAAUACUCUAGCGAAUUUCUGAAAUCAGACAUGAAAAACCUUUUGAGAUGUUACAUAGCAUAACAGAGAUGACAUGAUGAAGAUGAAGAGGGUGAUUAUAAAUCAAAGAAGUAUCUAUAUAAGAGCUUCCACAUAAAAACAUGCCUUAUUUACAUCAAUCUAAUAAGGUAGCAACUGAUGAAUUGAUACCACAUAACACACAUGGGAAGCCUAAUCCUGUAUUUAGUGGUGAGAUAUGAGACACAUCAUUGGCUGUUGGGACUGUGGUAAGAUCAUCUCAUAAAUUCUCCAAACCAUAAUCUAGGAUAACACCAUUGGUAAAACGAGUAGAGAAUUUAGUAUACCUAUUGGAAGGAAGAAAUUAACAUACUAACACCCAAAGGCACACAAAAUUAGAAUAAAAAUAGGUGGUUCCCAUGAGAAGUAUUGAAAAUAAGAAACUCUUGGUAGCAUCAAGGAGAGAAUCUGAUUAACAGGAUAGGUGGUGGUGAGGCUACUCUAACCACAGUAACAAAGUAGGAGUAAGGGUUGACAGAAGUAAAUAAAACUCUAGUUAGAUACACUCAUUUUCAGUUGAGAUGCACCCUAAAACUAUAGAAAUUUUAAUGUGGAUCAUGGUGGAAACAUCUAUCUUAUCAAAAAUAAAAUUUUAAAAAUUAAAAGAGGCAGGGUGACAUGAUUAAGUACAUUCUUGGAACAAAUAAGAAAAUCAUUCUAUUAUGUAUAAUAUGCAUUUCAUAAUAUUUUAUGUAGUAGCUGAGUCCAACAACUUCUUCCUACAAAGUCCUGGGAACCUGGAUGGCCGACAGUUUUGCUGAUGUGAUCUGCCAGGCCCAGUAGAUGGGUUAUUGGGCAUUUCGGGAAUUGUAAUUCAGGUGUUUUUGUUGAUGCUAACCUAUCCAGUGUUCUGGUUGGAUACUAGGAGAAUCCUCAAGAAUUUUUUUAUUUUGUUGUUAUUUUUAUUUUAUUUUUUGAUGUUUUCCCCUCUUUGUGAAGUUGUUGAAAUAUCAAUGUCCUAAUAUAUAUGUGUAGAGUCAAUCAGUGUUGAAAAUGCUGCAAAUUGUUGGUCUUCUAUAGAGUUAUUGAUCCUCCCAUUGUCAAUGCUUAGUAAAAGAUUUCAUUUGCUUCAACAGCAAAUGAAAUCUUGGAAAAGGAGGGGUAGAGAUGGUGUCUGGAUAUGAGGAAUAUCUUUUUUGGAAAGCAGUCCGAACUAAAAAUGGAAGCUGUGCUUUCUUCAUUAGUAGAUUAUCAUAGUUGUUCAGUAUCAAUGAAUUUUAAAGGUUGCCCUGGUAAUGCAAUAAUAGUGGUAGUUCAUCCAGGUAUUUUGUGUUUAUAUAUUCAUCUAAUAAAUAUACCAAUUUUUCAUCUUUCAUCACAAUAUUUACCUGAAAAUGAUUAAUUUUGCAAACUGUCUUGUCUCCAGCACUUAGAUUUGAUAUUCCUUAUCAGGCUAAAAAAACUAACGAUUUGUUCUUGCAACUCUGAUGCUAUAGUUUAUCAUCAAAAGUAGGAGAUUCAUCUGAUAUUUUAUUUCUUAUGAAUGAGCAAAUUCCCACUUUUUCUGAACAUUUUUCAGGUAAAAGAUUAUGUCGCUCAUCGGGAAGGUGCAGAUGUCAUACAGCAUAUGAUUGAUCAUUUUCUUACCUAGAAGGCUGCCAACUGCCUGAAAUAUCACACCAAAAUGGAGACUCAGGUGCGUUACAGUGACUCUGGGAUGAAAACCCAUUUUCUGACCAUAGAGUUGUAUUAGCAGCUCCUUUUGUUGUACCUUGAAGGCAAUCGACACUCUCACUGGUAACCAAUUCUACAGAAGAAUUGUGAUUAACCAAGCAAUUAAAAGAAAAUUUUAUUCGUUCAUUAUUGGUUCUAAUGUAUUUGAACACUCCAUUUAUCAAUAAAUGCAAACAAUUAAUCUCA